CUCGAUGAAUAAAUUAACGAUCGAGUGAACGACAGAAUGAAUGAAUUGAUUGUUGGAUAGACUGAUAGAAGAAUGGUUGAAUGAAUGAAUGAAUAAAAAUGGACAAAUGUAUAAGUUGAUGAAUGAAUGAAGUAAAAAGUACAGCCCAAGUUAUUGCGGUAGUAGUAAUAAUAAUAACAACCGUAGUGGUAACAGCUAUAGUCGCCGUAGUGGUAGCUGCAGAAGCAGUUGUAGUAUAUAUAUAUAAAUACUUUUAUUAUUAUUGUAGUUGACAAAUUGUUGCGAUGUGCAGACCUCUCGGCUCGAGGUGAACAUGAAGGAUAAGGAUGCAAGAGUGGUGUUUGUCAGGGUGAUUUUUAAGAAAAUUGGUGAGAUUGAUACGGCCAAAGAAUGUUUUUCGGCAGAAGUUGUCAUCCAGUCAAAAUGGAGGGAGCCGCUUCUCGAUGGUUUCAAUCAAAAGGACUUGAAAAAUCUUCCAUUGGACGGUUACUGGGGCCCGAGACUAAUAAUUAGUAACAUACUGAGCGAAAGUAAAGACGUUGUCUCCAGUAUUGUAAAAAUUUCAGAGCGAAACUCGAACGCCUACAUCCUAAAUCAGAGAAGGUUGAAAGGUGUAUUUUUAGAGAAUCUGGAACUUCAGGAAUUUCCAUUUGACGUUCAGGACAUAACCUUAACGAUAACGACAGACUUGUCAGAGAAGGACGUUGAAUUAGUCGUAGACCCGAGUGAACGUUCUAUAGUCGAUGUUCGCUCGUUCGUCGACGAACAGGAGUGGAAACUGCAAACGGAAGUGAGAACGGAAGUAGGUCUGCUUGGUGACGUCAUUGUGGGGAAGCAUUCUAUUGGCCGUCAGCAUCCGUUCAUCCAUUUUAAGUGCUCCGCCGAGAGGAGAUAUCAGUUUUUCAUCUGGAAUAUUAUUGUUGUUAUGUCGAUUACAAGCUACCACAAAAUCGCAUCCAACUUCAUCCUGUUGCUGACGACGAUUGCCUUCAAAACUAACAUCAGCAAUUCAUUGCCUAGGAUUUCAUAUCUGACGUAUAUGGACUUGUACAUUUUGGGAUCUUGGGUUAUUCAAUGUUUGAUGUGUGCCUGGCAUGCUAUAGUUGGAAACCUACUUGUGGCCAACGACGCAACUUUUUGGACCGAUAAAGUCGUUCUGAUCGCUUUCGGCGUACUUUAUAUUGUCUUCUUGACACUCUACAUCCUCGCCAUGGCUUAUAAGAUAAAGUCGCGCAAGAGACGGAUCGCGAACGAUAAAUCGAUUACCCAUCUAUAA